AUGGCCCCCAUUCCAAUACUCGGCAAUCCUUUUGGUCGAUACGGUGCAACGAAGAUCCAACCACCAGCACGAAACAGUUUGCGACAACUUUCAAACUCAGGGCCAACAGCUGUUCAGUACAGUCAACCUAUAAUCAACCAAACCCCUGCCGCGCAGAAUAUACAUGUUCUGAAGAUUUCACAUUAUUUAAGUCAACUUCCCGAUCAACCUCCACCUUAUCAACGCAACAACUCGAAGUCCGACGUCGUUAUGGCUGGUACGCAGCAGUACAACUUCCCUCCCCCUCCUCCUCCUCCUUCAGGACCACCUUCUGUUGGAUAUUCUCAACAAAACCCUCAGUAUGGAUAUCAGCAACCUCCUCCAUAUCAACAGACGCGUAAUAAUGGCCCCCCAAGAGGUGGAGCGCGAGGCGGUCACAAUGGCCCUUCUCACUCACAUCAAAAUGGUUACAACGGUCCUCCGCAGAUACAGGGUCCUCCAAGCGACCAAUACAAUCCGCAUAAUCCAGCACCUUACAUAGGACCUCCGAGUGGCUCCCAAGGUCCUGGCCACAACGGCCCCCCUAAUAAUUAUCCUCAGCAAUGGCAACAACAGGGUCAGCAUGGUCCACCUCAGCACAAUCACGGUCCACCUCAACAAGCACACCAGCCACCACCUCAAGUUCCUCUUCCUGCGCAGAACUACCAUCCAAAUUAUGCCCCACAGGGCUUCAAUCAACAGCCACCACCACAAUAUGGUCCGCAGCAACCUGCACCAUUUCAACAACCCUAUGGCCCACCUUCUCAGCAACCACACCCUAGUGGCCCACCUCAACAAUGGCAAGGUCCACCUCAAGGACAACAUCAGUUCAAUAAUAAUAGAGGUCGUGGUCGUGGCGGUUUCAACAAUGGCCGUGGCGGUCAUGAAGCACCUCUCAUGGGUCCUCCGAUCCGCAUGGGAUUUGAGAACGAACGUGGAGAUCAUAUGGCUCAAGCGGGCAAUGGUUUUCCUACCCCCCAAUAUUCCAAUCACCAGACUCCCCCUGCUCCGUUUUCUCAGCCUGCUUAUCAAGCAUAUCCCCCACAAAACUUCUCUAAUGGAGGUCAUGGAGGACAGCGUCCAUCGCAUGAUUCUCAUUCAUUCAACUCCAGCUCUAAUCGGGGCAGAGGAAAUGGGAACUUUAGAGGUAGAGGUCGCGGUGAUAAUUUUCAAUUUCGCGGUCGCGACAACAAUCGUUCUUUCAAUGGCAAUUCACAAUCUCCUCCAAUGCAUUUCAAGCCUGCAGGUGCAGGAGACAAUGCGAAGAAGAAUAAGAAGAAGCGCAGAACAAAUACUCUUGGGUUGACACCAAACGGUGUGGAUCAUGAGGAUAGCGAUGAUGAGAUUGAUGAUGUUGAUGAAGAAGCUCGUUUGGUUACUUUGCUUGGUCCAGAUACUCCACAGUUACCUGCAGAUCUCACGGCAUGGCUGGCUGAGCGUAAAAGCCGCUUCCCUACGAAAGCUCGUAGAGAAGCCGCUGCUGAGGAGCUUCGCUUGAAACGUGAACAAAACAAGAAUCAUAAGUUCAAGAAAGAACCUGAAGCAAAGCCCACUAAAAAGGAUGAGGGAGAGACCAAGCUCGAAAAACAGCAACGCAAGGCCGAGAAGCUCAGACUAGAACUUGAGAAAGCUGAACGUAAGAUCAAACAGGAGAUGUCCGGUGGAAAGCGCAAGCGUGAAAAUGGCGACGAAGGCGAUGAAGAUCGUGGUCAAGUGAGUGAUGAUGAUGAUUCUUCAUCUAAUUCUGACUCGGGGAAACCGGAAACGAUGACAUCGCGCAACAAUGGGUUUAAUGGUAUCGUGCACGCACGAGCACCGCCAACAAAAGCUCAGCUUCAACGUCACUGCAAGUACUAUUCUACUGGUGGCACCUGCGGCAAGAAGGGCAAGUGCCGCUUCGUUCACGACUUAGACGUCCGCAAUCAAGCUUUGCGAGAGAAGGAGCUGAAUGGUGGUAAAAUGACUAUUGCUCAACGUCUCAUUCUUAACGACACGGCCAAGGAUGAUUUGACAAUCUUGAAGUCUAUCAAGUACCUCAAGGAGAAGGGUUUGAUGCCAGAGAACUCCUCUGUUGGUGCACCACCAGCAGAAGAAACCGAAACCAAAACUGAGGAAAAUGAUUACGCCGACGCACCCGAGUAUGGAGAGGUUUGA